GAGCUGCAUUCAUUCGCAGGGAGUUGAGGAGCAGGAGAGGCGCUAGUAGGUAUAGGAAGUGCAAUGCGAUUGAUGGUUGCCUAACUUUGCCCUGACAUCUGGUUCUUUCUCAGGAUCUUCCCUGGAGGAGCCAUGGACGAGCCCGAUGAAGUCGAUUACGGCGACAGCGAUGAUGAUUUUGCAGACCUGGAAGUGGACUUGGACGACGGGCGAGAUGCCUUGCCGCAGCAAGAGGCCGCCUGCGAGCCAAUUGACACCGAAGCGGGCCUUCUCUGCUCUGACAAAGAGGAGGGAGAAGCCACUCCCAAAGCGAAUCCUCUGGUUGCAGACACGGGAGCAUCCUCUGAGCUCGAGGAUGGGGAGUUCAUCAUGGACUCAGAGCCAAUGCAGCUUGAAGAGACGGCGUCCGUUCAUGAAGCUGCGUCAAAGAGGCAGCCGGACUUUGAAGAUGGCUACUCUGAGGACGAGGAAGGAAGGCGAAGAGGAGAGCAGCACAGACAUCGGCGUAGUCCGGGAGUAGAGCCAGGUCGGGCUGUUUCACACCGCAACAAGCACCUGGAUCGAGCGCAUGACACUCUUCAAAGGAGCAGGGAAAGGGAGAGGGAUCGAAGAGAUGAAGCAAGGGGCAGUGUGGUGCCGCCAGUGCGAGGUUCAGAACGUCACCCGAUCCCGAACCAAGGGUUCAGGAAUGGCUAUUCUGAUGUGCACUCCCUUGUCCGUGUUGGCUCUUACCCUCCUUCGCAUCUGGCCCCCCCCCGCCAGAUGCUUGAUUCAGAACUGGCUAGGCGUCAGCCGCAUCCCCAUGCAAGCGGACCAGGGGUCCCUUUGCGGCCAACGUUUGGCCCUCCACUGGAGAUUCGUGCUGGAAGCAGCCUGGCGGUGCAAAGCGUGCGCUCAGGGCAAGGCAACUCCCAAGUCCAUAUUGUGUACCAACUCUCUGCUGAGCGCCAGCCGCAUCUCCAUCCAGCGCCCCAUGUGCUCCCCCAACCACCGCUGCGCCCGCCCAUCCUCAGCCAUGCCACUUUCGACUUGCGGCCCCCUUUUGGCGGCCCACCUCUCCUUCCGGCCGGGCUGCACCCGCUUCCAGUAAUGGCUGCGGGGACUGGUGCGAAUGCGCACCGGGUCCCGCUUGUCGCUAACGGGCCUUUCCGCCAAGGCGGCAGACCGUCGAACGCUCCUCCCGGCAGGGAUCCGCCUCCCCCCCAUUCGAGGAAUGAGCAUCUGCACAGGGGACAUUCGAACAGCCCGGGGGGUGAAUUUGCGAGGGGAAGUCGGGCCCCCAAGGACGUUCCCCGGGGGGGCAGCGGGAGGAUGGAGUCUGUGAGGGCGCAGCUGGAGGACCAGGGGAACCUGCGGGGGGAUCCCCCCAGGGUCAGGUUGAACGGACACAGAAGCGCCGUUGCGCCCCCGCCGCCGCCGCCGCCUCCAAGGCGUGCAGAUGAGCGGCCGCUGACGUCACGAAGCCCGCCAGCUCCUGCCAGGCGGGCAGAUGAGCGGGCGCUGACGACACGCAGCCCACCAGCUCCUGCCAGGCGCACGGAUGAGCGGCCGCUGACGUCACGGAGCCCGCCGCCUCCUGCCAGGCGCACGGAUGAGCGGGCGCUGACGUCACGGAGCCCGCCAGCUCCUGCCAGGCGUGCAGAUGAGCGUGCGCUGACGUCACGGAGCCCGCCAGCUCCGGCAAGGCGCGCAGAUGAGCGGAUGGUGACGUCACGGAGCCCGCCGGCAGAUGCCAACGGGAGGGGGGAGGCGAAGCAGCGGCCGAAUGUCUCACCGGAGCGAACGAAGGAGGUUAAGCGGCAGAAGAGUGAGGGUGCGGCGGAUGAUAUUAGCAAGGAGAGGGUCACGGGGUGGUCCGAGGACAGAAGUUUCCGGGGGAAUAAGGGAAGGUCUCCUGGGAAGAGUGAAAGCGAAGGGAGGGAGAGCGGGGGUUCGAGCAAGCGGGAAACGAGCGCCGACAGGGUGCAGGACUUCCAGCGAAGCCCUGCGGUCGGUAAGAAUGUUGACAUUGAGAAGCAGCCCAGGACCUCUGAUGGGGACCGGAAGCUGACGGAGAAAAAGGAGGAAGGCUUGAGUAACGAUCGAAGGGGUAGCGAGGACCGCAGAACUUCGUCGGUCAGGGCAGAAGCGAACGGGGAGGCGGACAAGAAGGUCUCGGGUCGAGAUAGCUCGGAACCGCACAGGAGCGCUUCUCGCAGUUCCCACGAGUUGCGGAGGUCUGAAGAGGGCGACCGGUCGACCAAGAGAAAGAGAGAGGACGACGCCAGGGGUUCGGAGGAGAGGGAGAAGGAAGCGAGGGAGAAGGAGAUGAGACACCGGGCGCUCCAGAUUCUGGAGGCGGGCCGGCACAAGAAGCGGAAGGAGAGGGAAGAGCAGCGGAGAAACGACCCCGGGGGGCAUGAACCGGGCACGUCGGGGCGCGAGGGUCAUCGGUCGGGUUUGCAGGGGGUGAGGAAGGACGGGAGGGACAAGAAAGCCCAGCGAAACUAUCGGCGCCCCUCGGAGUUCGAUGACAACGACGAGCGGUCUAGGAGUCGGAGCCAGGGGAGGGGCGAUAGUUCCGAAGAGCCUCGACGGAGGAGCGCGGAUUUAUGGGACAAGCGCCCGCUGCCAGAGCCGAAUGGAGUGGGAAGAACCGGGCGGGGCGGCCAUCCAGUUCGGUUGGACGAAAAGGGCGAUAGUUUCGAGCGUUCUCGGGGGGGUUUGUGGGCUGACAGGGGCAACAAGCUCGGAGACGGGCACACACAGCCAAACUCUCGACGGGUGGUCGUUGGGCUUGGUGCGAUCGAACGAAGGCCGGACCUGCCGAGGUUUUCCGACCGGGACAGGGACUUCAGUUCGAGCAGAAACGCAGCACGCGAGUCUCCCGGGCCGCCGGGGUUUGAGAACAGGGCCCCGGCGCCAAGGCCCCGUUUUGGGGGUAAUCCGGAGACUUGGGUGGGGCGGCUUGGAGACCCCGACCGCGCUGAUGGGCUGCAAAGGAGCGGAAGCGGGCCAGUCGUCAGCAUUGGGGCGAGGCAGCCUUCCAAAACGCUUGCUGUGAAUAAUUUGCCGGAGAACAUCAAGUCAGGGCGCAUUCUGGACAUCUUCAACAAGUACGGGCCAGUGCAGCUAGUGCGGCAGACAGGGAAAUCAUCGGUCGAGGUCACUUUUCGAAGAGAAGAAGAGGCGAAGGCUGCACGCGCAAAUGUCCACAGGAUGAUCAAGUUGGAGGGCAAGGAGGUACUGGUAGAGUACAAGGCACCAGUCUCCGCAUAGCAUGUUCUGGGCUAGAACCUGACGUUAUUGUCACGUCAGGACUGUCGUAAUCGAGCAGCUGAUUUUCCCACGCUUUCAAUCAAAGCAGGUUUCUCUGACGUGGAUCUGAACAGUGAUCACAACAAAAUUCAUUGCGGGUUUGCCAGCAUCACCCGAGUCGCUUUCGUUGCUAGCCAACUCUGAAACCAUGGACACACACGUGCAGUGC